ACACCCGGGAGAUUCAUAGUGGAACUAAACAUUGGUGGGUAAAGAUCAUUCGAGUAGGAUGGGAUAGACAUCGCGCGCGCGCCUGCUUCGUUUGUCAGCUCAAUUCUUUCAUGGCGGUCUCAGCCCCAUCAUUCUUCCUCUCUCGCAUCGCUGACUUCUCACUCCAUCAUCCCAAAAUCCCUCCUUUCCGCUUCCUCACCCCUCCUUCUUCGUUAUCUUCAGUUGCCACACCUCGUCGUUCCUCCUCACCCACUACAUCCCUCUCCUGCCUCAUCCCUGGCGUUGACGGCGGAGGAGUGUCCGACGAAUUUGUUUCGACCCCGAAAUCAACCUUCGACCGUGGCUUCGCUGUAAUAGCCAACAUGCUCAAGCGAAUUGAGCCUCUCGACGCGACUGUCAUCUCCAAGGGUGUUUCCGAUUUAGCCAAGGAUUCCAUGAAGCAGACCAUUUCCACGAUGUUAGGAUUGUUGCCCUCCGAUCAAUUCUCCGUUACCGUUACGGUUUCCAAGCAUCCUCUGAAUCGCCUUCUGUUCUCAUCCAUUGUCACUGGGUACACUCUGUGGAGUGCAGAGUAUAGGAUGUCCUUGAUGAGAAAUCUUGAUAUAUCUCCUAGUGUCAAUAAAGAAUCGAAUUGUCCAACGCAGACAGAGGCUUCGGAGGAUCUGAAUGGUAAAGAUAAGAAUAUUGAGAUCAGUUCUGACGUGAGAUUCGAAGAUUUGGAAAGUUGCAGUCCUCGCGUGCUUGAGGACUUGUCUCCCGAGGCUCUGAAUUACAUUCAGCAGUUGCAGUCUGAAUUAACAUACGUGAGGGAGGAACUAGAUGCCCAGAAACAGGAAAUCAUGCAAAUAGAACAUGACAGAGGGAACAGGAACAAUUUGUUGGAAUAUCUUAGGUCCCUGGACCCUGAUAUGGUGACUGAACUGGCUCGACCGUCAAUAGGAGUGGAGGACAUAAUUCGCCAACUUGUUCAAAACAUAUUGAGGAGAGUCAUUGGGGAUGGUGCUAACUCCAAGUCGGUGGAAUUGUCAAUGGAAAGAAAUAUAGACGAUCAUUCAAAUGAUGAUAAAAGGUUAUGUGAUGCUGCGGGCACCUCUCGCGAUUACCUUGCCAAGUUGCUUUUCUGGUGUAUGCUAUUGGGUCAUCACUUGAGGGGUUUGGAGAACAGGUUGUAUCUAAGCUGUGCAGUAGGACUGUUGUAGAGCGAAAGGAGGAAGGCAUGUAUAUUCUUCCCCCGCCCCAAAUUUUUCUCCUCCCAGAUUUUCUAUAAUAUCUUUAAUAUUCUUCUUUGUGCAUCUUCAUCUUGAUUCAUUUUAAGAAGCACGCCACCGUGUAGAUUCUUAACGAAUAUUGUGAAUGGGUGGUAAUUCAAAAAUAAUGCCUCAAAUAUACGCCUCCAUUUAGCUUGCCCACGGCCCAGCCCGUUUAAUGCUAGAACUGAUUGUUUUGUAGAGUAUUAUAUCUACCAAAAUGGCAUUCAUUCAGCA